AGAUUGCCAUAACGACCAUUGUCAACAGUAUGGUGCUUAUAUUUUUAUUAAAAUGUUUGGGAAAAUGAAUAAUCUGAUAUAAAUAUUUUUUUAUUUGAUAAAAUCGGGAUCUUAGUGUCAUUCUCGAAGAUUCACAUGAUGUCUCGGGAAGACUCAUACGAGAUGCUUGCUAAAAACUUAGUGGAUGAGGUGAUUAAAAAAACUCUGUAUCGUCUUGAAGAGUCCAACAUGCUUCAGAGUCCAACAGUCGUUCGUGAGGAAGAUUACGAAAUAAAAGACAUAAAAUGGCUAACUAUUGAAGAGUUUUCACCAGAAAGUGCAGAAGAAAAAAUACAUGAAUUUAUUGAGACCUGGGAGUAUGAUGAUUGUUGGCUGUACUGUAUCGACUUUCUCGGGGAGGAGGAAUUUGAGUUUGACAAGCGGUACGUGUUCCGAGCGCGAUGGAGCAUACCAACUCGAAGAAAACCCAUACCACGGGCCACAGCCAGUAUCUACUUCACAUUCAAUGUGUCGAAGAUCAAACCAAAAACUUUCCCAGUUGAAGUAUACUAUGUGUUUGAAACAAACAGGCUUGUCCACAAGCCAGGUUUCUCCAGGUUUCGAGAGAAGUGGUUGAAAGACAUUAUUGAAAGCAAAGUUCUUAUGACAUCCACAGUAACGUUUUAAGAAAUAGAGGAAAAAACUGUGAUAGAAAGGCAUUAUUGAAAGCAACGUUCUUAUGAUGUCAAUAGUAGCGUUUUUGAGAAAUAGAGAGAAAAACUUGAGCUGUCUUGUGUAUACAGCAAAUCUUAUGAAAAAUGUACCAUUUUUCCCUCACUCAAAAUGUAUUAAUUGUAUUUAUAAUUAAAACUGUAUUUACUGCA